AUGUCUCGCGCUCAUCAUCUCCAGUCACUUCGUGUUCGGCCACAUAGGACUCAGAGGCAACCGCUUGCAUCGUUCGAUUCCGUCUCUUCUCUUGAUAUCAAGGAAAUCCUUGAGAAGACUGGCGACAACGAAGACCUGUUUCUUGUAUCGCUACCCUUUGAUGAAUCAUCUGAUGACAAUGAUGGUUGUAGUCAAGAUUCUGACAUUUCUCCUUUCCCUUCUGGACGUAGGCCCCCUCUCUUCACAAUGGUCGACCAUCGUGCAAGGUUACUCUUCCCACUUCCGCCAUGUGCAUCGACAUCCAGCCGCACACACGAGGAGUAUGAGACAGACACUGUCUUGCUCACUGCACCAACCAUUCCACGACUCAACUUGGUCCUGAGAGAAGAAAUAUUUGUCGACUCAUGGAUAAGCAGCCUCGUAUCUACACAUCCCCCAGGUCACAUUCCUUGGUCAAGUGAUAGAAGAACACAAGUUACAUGGACUCCAGAAGGAUCCGUCUUCUUGUCAGAAAGAAUGAAAGGACUUAAAAGGCGAUCUCAGAAGCAUACGGACAAGACAGCAUCUAUUACGGGCAUCAAUAACCACGAAAAUAACACAUGCAAAGGUGGCAUCGAACAUUGCCGUACGCCCUGUGGUUCAGAACCUUCUGCAUGGCGUGAAGCGUUGGUAUUCGAACACGAGAUCACCAUGCAAGCUGUGGGUAAGAACACUCGCUUGUCCCUCCAUUACCCUGCAAACAUGGAUACGGACACUGCUAGCCUCAAUGUCGGGUUAUCGCAACCUGACCCCCACGUCUGCAGCGAACCCACUGGUGCAAAGCCGUUGGUACCCCGCCGAGAACAAGGUGUUCCUUCGUUGAUAGUCUCUAACUCAACUGCAACAAUCACGGCUUCUAUGGACCUGUCAGAAGCACCUCUCGCUAUUCGAAGAGGGAAGGAAAUUGUACCCCUGCGCCUCGAAGAGAAUAAGGUAAUUGAUUACCCUGGUAUUCCGAGCGCUUUCCUUGGUUCUCCUUCAAACUACUCGCCCUCAUUUGAGUAUGCGAAUGCCCCCGACGAACCGCUAUUGGAUCAUCAAACUAUGUUGUCCAACCUAAGGUCACAGUGUUAUUUCCCAGACCAUCAGGCGUCUCCCUCUCCACCUGAAAGGGAAGGACAGCCUGUACAUAGGUCGGUCUCCGCUGGUGUUCCGAUUGUUUCUCUCGAGGAAGACGAGGACGAAGAAGAAUGGGCUUUUGCGCAGGAUGCUUCUCCAUCAUUAUCAGGCCGUCGCAAAUCUAUCUUCAUCAAUACACACGAUGCAGUCGGAAUAGGACCUUUCCCCCCGUCUCCGCAGGAAGAAGAAAUAAAUGCAGAUGCUUUUUGUACGUCCCGUGACUUUGAGCCUUUGUCAUCUUCCACUCUUGUGUCUCCUAUGGCGACCUCCAUGGCAGUCACUGACAGACGCAAAACCUAUCGUUCUUCCUCGGCUUUACCACUGUCCAAUAUGCCUACUACCGUCGGCGCACCUCCCAACCGUCCACCUUCUCUUCCACUCCCGCCACGCCCUGCCUUGGUCAGUCCAUCAAGCCCGAAACGUGUGAGAGGUAUUCUGAAGAAAGUCAAGAGCGUUCGAUUUCUAACUCCAGAUGAAGAGGAAAGCUCCCAUCUGAAAGUACAAGUACCUGUCUCAAGCUGCAUGACACCCUUAUCUACUCUUAAACGGCCCUCCCCGCUCCGUCAGAGUCACACCCCAGAUGAAAGCGAUACCGACUUGGAAGCGCCAAGCAGUCCAACGAGCCCUUCCAUUGUUCUGAAUAAAGUGUCUGUUCAAGUACCCGCGAUCCCGACUCUAUCUCUUCAGAAGAAAUCGACGCCGAAACAGCAGCUACCCUCUAAACCAAGUGCAACACUACAGCGGAAAGUCAUUCCGAGACACAAGUCGUUUGACCAGGAGAAACUACUUCCGAAGGAGAAGACUUCCCUGAAAACACUUUCGAUCUCCAAGCGUGCCUCGAUGAUCUCACCGCUCCAGCCUGUGUCAGUCAAUGUAGCGCAACAAAAGGUUCUGCGACCUUGCAAAUCUACGUCUUUUGGCCGUCACUCUGUCAUCGACGUUGUCGAGAAGGAGAAUGAGCCGAGAAGUGCAUCUGUUCCGCCUCGUCCAGCUCGAUGGUCUGUUUUGAACGAAGGUACUCUCGGUCGUGCGGUCCAGCAGGCGGGUGUUCAGAAGAAGAGGAUGACAACGCCCCUUCGUAAUAUCUUGACGCGAUUCAAAUGAGUUGUAUUCUUACAUUCUUUUAUUAUAUACCUUCUUUUUAU